CCACCUUCGACUGUUCGUUAAAACCAUUAUUAUUUUGUUAAUUUAGUUUACCGGCGUACUUGGCUCGACAUGGGCUGCGAAAGUUACCAUUUUCUACACGGUUUAUAUUAUUUAUAGUGUCAAUUGGUUUGAAGAUGAUACUGCAUUGUUUCGCCGGCCUUUGGCCGAACCACUCGGAGGACGACGACACCAGUUUCACUAGAAUCCAUCAACAGCACCAAAUCCAUGUGGAGCAACCUGUCGUCCGCAUGGACCAACAGCAACAGCACCUCUACGAAGACUUCCGGGAGGUCAUCAAGAAGAAGGCGGACCAACACCGGAGCUACUUUCGCACCUUGAUAGGUUCCACCAUUGCGUAUGACGCGGGUUCCGAAACGAAAGUACAGAUGGCGAAUGCGGUACCGCCGGUGGAUCAGAGCGAAAGUAAACGGCAACGGCGCCAAGGGGUCUACGAGCGCGAAUCGCUUGAGGGUGAAGUGUCGCUGUUCAAAAGUGUGAAGCAAUUGCGAGAUGAGUAUGCCGCAAUGCUCCUAAAGGCCACCAACAAGGGAGGCACCGGUUGUUUGUUAGUUCCGAAGGAAGCCAAUUGGCAUAGGAAGCAUAAAGUGAGCCGGUGCGCCAGUUCCGAUUCCGCGAUGGGCCAAAGUGAGGAGGAGGAAGUGAAGGAGUGCGCGAGUCCGUAUAGUCCGAGAGGUUCUAUAGACCACUCGGCCGUGCCGAGUAAGAUGAUCAUCCCCGCCCAAACGGUGAUAAUCGAUCGGAAGUGCAGUGUCGAGUGUGUGAAUAGUGAGGAGGUUUUCGAGACGGACAGUCGCAGGCAGAGUUGUUUUACCGACGACGGUGAGGAGGCGUGUCCGCGGUACCGGUACUGGAGGACGCCCUCCGUCGUGGUCAGUGACUACUCGGACGAUAUCAUGGGAUUAACUCUGGAGGAUUUGGAGUACAUCCGGAAUCAGAGGAGGAAGGACAGCAGCAGCCCGGACUCGAGUUUGCACAGUUCGUGUAGCAAUUUGAAUUAUUGCGGGUCGACGAUUAGCGGGUUGGAGUCGGAUUAUGUGUUGAUGAAACCGUAUCGGAAAUCGUCGAAUUGUUCCACUUGUUCGACUUUGAGUGGAGACGAGGAGAGAGAGAGGGAGGGUGGCGGGAGUGGCGGUGAUGCCGCUGAUGGAACUCUGAGGCCGGGUGGAGUGAAAGAGAGUUCUGGUUGGCGAAAGCUACGAAACAUCGUGCAAUGGACACCUUUUUUUCAAACUUACAAGAAGCACCGGUACCCGUGGGUGCAAUUAGCGGGCCACCAGGGCAAUUUUAAGGCGGGACCGGACCAGGGUACCAUCUUGAAGAAACUGUGCACCAAGGAGGAAAAAUGUUUUCAGGUAUUAAUGAAGGACGUACUUAGACCGUACGUGCCGGAAUAUAAGGGCCUAGUGGCCAGCGAUGACGGUGAAUCGGAGUACAUCCAACUUCAGGAUCUACUCGGCGAUUUUAUCUCGCCUUGCGUGAUGGACUGCAAGAUUGGCGUGAGGACGUAUUUGGAGGAGGAACUGGCCAAGGCCAAGGAAAAACCUAAAUUAAGAAAGGAUAUGUACGAAAAAAUGUGCCAAAUCGACCCAAACGCGCCCAGCGAAGAAGAGCACAAACUGAAGGGCGUAACCAAACCCCGAUACAUGGUAUGGCGGGAAACCAUUUCGUCCACGGCCACCCUCGGAUUCCGGAUAGAGGGUAUCAGAAAUGCGGACGGUACCAGUAGUAAAGACUUCAAGACGACGAAGACUAAAGAGCAAAUUAUGGAGGCCUUUUCGAGGUUUACCGAGGGAUUUCCCCAUGCUGUGCCUAAGUACAUUCAGAGGUUAAAAGCGAUUAAGGCGACGCUGGCCGAGUCCCGAUUCUUUGAAACACAUGAGGUUAUUGGUAGUUCGUUACUGUUUGUCCACGACAGCUACAACGCCAACGUGUGGCUGAUCGAUUUCGCAAAAACCAUCCGACUCCCGGAGGAUCUGACCAUCUCCCACUCCACCAAAUGGAAGGUGGGCAACCACGAGGACGGCUACUUGAUCGGCAUCGAUAACCUGAUCAAGAUCUUCAUGGCAGUAUUAGAAAAUCAGCCGGUGUGCGUGUCGCCCCCCCUCUCCCUCCAAGACCCGCCCGAACUCGCCACUCGCGAUUUGGGCAAUACUUGAACACCAUUUUUCCUUCUUGACCACAUUCAUUGGAACGUUUCUUUUGUGUGUAAAUGUUGAUGCGUUCGAAGAGCACGUGCCCGUAAACUACACGAUGUUGUACAUAAAACUAUUUAUUUAUUACGAGUUUAGUAAUUAUGAUAAUCAUAAUUUGUGAAGACUAUGUAAAAUAUUCUAUUUAUUAUUUUCCCUUUUUUUUUUGUGUGUUUAGUUUGGGUUUGUAUGCGAAUCGCUUUUUCAUUUAACCCGAUUAAGCUGGAAUUAAAGAGUUUUUUAGUACUA